AACCCUCUUUCUCACAGAUCCAUAUCUUCACUUUCUCUCUUCUUUCUUUCUUUUCUUCACUCACUCUCUUCAUUACUCUUCUCAAAUUCUUCCCAAAUUCAAAUUCAAAUUUCUUUGAUUGUGUUUUUCCAUGGCUGACAAUUUGGACGACGGCGAGUUUUGGCUCCCUCCUCAGUUUCUCACCGACGACGACGACGACACGUCGUUCAACAAUGCCAAAAACGACGCCGUUUCGAAGUCUCUGUUUUUCAGCUCCUCCAGCGAGACCGAGAGCGACGAGGAGGACCACCACCUCGCCGAGUUGACUCGCCGCGUCGCUCUCGAACUCGAUCUCAACAACAACAACAACUCUGCAAAACCCAAGGGCGUGUUUGGGGGUGGUUCUCCGCAGUCAAUCCUGAGCGCGUUCGGGAGCAGCGGGAAAGGGUCGAGCCCAAACGGCGCCGUUCCCCACGUGAACUCCUCGUCCACGUGGGAUCUGCUGCGGGCAGCCGCAGGGGAAGUCGAGAGGAUGCGCGACGGUUACAGCUUUCUGACGCCGUCUCCCGUUGCUGCUGCUGCUCAACCCAACGCUGUUAACGGCGUCGUGUUGGGAUUUUACUAUCAGCAGCCGCAGCUGCACCAGCAACAACCGUCGCAUUCUCAGCAGCAGUUACAGAUUGCGCAAUUUGAGAUGAUGAGGAAGCAGCAGCAACAGAGGCAAAUGGUCCCUCCCAACAGAGGAAGGAACAACAACAGCAGCAACAACGUUGUUAGGGUAGGGAACGUUGUUAAUGGGAUAGGUUUGUCUGCUUCUGCAUGGCCUCCUAAUGGGUCUGGCAUGAGGGCCGUUUUUCUUUCUGGCAAGAGAGAAAGAAGCACCGGAACCGGCGUGUUCUUGCCUCGCUGUGUUGACACUCGCAAUAAUAAUGAAUCUCGCAAGAAGCCAGUGUGCAAUACUGUGUUGGUGUCUGAUAGAGUGGCGCAGGCGUUGAAUCUGGAGGGUGUGGUGGGUGGUGGCCGUGGCCACAAGCAGCAACACAAGCCUCGUUUCAAUGGGGAAAAUGGAUCGCCGGUUUCAAGGGUUAGGAGUAACAAUAAUAAUAAUAAUCAUUAUGGUUAUGGUUAUUCCCAUCAUCAGAAGCGUAACAACUUGAAGCCGCAGCAGCAGCCACAAGUUGUGGUGAACCAUGAGAUCCAGUUGCCUCUGGAAUGGACUUAUUGAAAUGAACGAAUGAUGAAUGUAGUCAUGGCUAGUCUAGUCUUUUUAUUAUUAUUAUUUUUUGGUUUUGGGGGAAUGGGUGUAGUUUUUACUUUUUAUAUUUUUUUGGGGUUGGGGAAAUGGGUAACAGUUUUUAGUUUUUAUUUUAUUUUAUAUUCUACAGGAUGAAUAGCAAUAUCUUUAUAUAAGGGUAGAAGAAAUUAAGAAGUAGGGAUUUUGUUUGGUUUGGGAGAAAAAAGGAAUUAUAGCUUCUUUUUUUUUUUUGGUUUAUCGGUAGAAAAUAACAACAUUUGGGGGGUCUAUGGAUAAAGCCAUUGAUGGCGGUAGGAGCAGCAGAAGAUGGUGGCAGUGAUAUCAGUAACUUUUGUUUUAAUGGCUUGGGAAAGGCAAAAAGCGGUGGGAUGGGUUAUUAAUUUUUUUGCCCCUCUUUUUCUGUGGUUUUGGAUAAAAUAAUUUGAAAAGUUGAAGAGGCAUAAGCAGGAUUUGCUGAGGUUACAGCCUUUUUUCCUAUAAUUGAAUCAGAAUGUAAUCAUUUGGGAGGGAAGUCAUUACUGUACUCUGAUAUUUUACAGCCUGGACACCCCAAUUACUAUGAAUCAAUAAUGCAAUGGAAAUGAAAAUUUACAUUUAAUGA